CUCACAGUUCCGAUGAGACAGGCUUUGUCAUUGUCCCAUUGGGAUUAUGUGAUGUUCCUUAGAUAGGUGUGAAAUUCCAUUGCGCUCAAUAGUUGGUCUCGUGUGAACGCUGCUUAAGAUGGCGGAAUUUUAGUGAGUUUUUGGGAAGGUGGUACGAUUUUCUCGGAGAUAAACUGGACACUAAAUUAAUAUCUUAUAACUUUUUAUACAUCAGAUAUUUCUCAGAAUCAAUGAUCGCUUAAAAAUAUGCAUUCCAUUCUUGGUGAAUAAACGAAUCCUCGUGUUGGUAAAAACGUUUUUUCGCAAGUAAUAAUACAGGAAGCGCACCUUUCCCAAUUUCCACAACUAGCGGACAAAAACGGUACUUCAGGUCCCGAGCAAAACCUGCCUCUAGUUAUGCUAUUUCCUCUUAAGGUUUUUUCCCCUUUUAUCUGCUACCGUUUCCAAGAGUGUUCUGCGGAUAACGAUUCAUAUUUCUGUGUGUUCAACGAAUUGACAGACGUGGUUCAAUAUUCGAUUCAAAACUUUAAUUGUUGAUUUUCUUAAAUUUUAUUCACUUUAAAGGCCGGAAUAGUAAUAUUUUUUUUAAUUCAUUAAAGAAACCAAUUUAAUAUCGCAGUUCUCAUUAUGGCUGCUGCUUCGGAUUCUUAUUCCGCUCAGUUUAACGGUGGUCCAUUGGAUACCAUACAAUUGCUAGUGAAUACUAAAAAUGGGGACAAAAAUUUGGUACCUGCAAUAAACUUAGGCUUUAUGGAGUUAAGGAAUUACGUGCACUUCAAACCACCAUUAGAAUUAAAUGACACUGGGCAAGAUUUCUCUGCUGCAGAAGAGGAAGAAUGGUUAGAAAUGGCAUGGUUUUUAGAAGAAGAUCUACACUGGGUUCUCAAGUUGCCUUAUCAUAGGUUUUGGUCACAAGUGAUUUAUGAUGAAAGUUUACAUAAGUGUUUAGAAUCUUAUCUGUCCCAGGCUCCACGGUACUAUGACUUGGAUAGUUUACACUUAAAGGAAGAAAUACUACAGGCUCUUAAGAAAAUCCAUAAAUUAGUAUUCUUAAUUUAUUUGAGGAUGUCCACAUAUAAAGAAUCAAAGAUGCAUCAUAUAAGACCUGAAACUUUUGGACAAGCUAUUUAUGAAAAUUAUAUAUUUGAUGUGCCAAAAAUUAUGGACUUGUGUGUUUUAUAUGGACUGCAGAAUUUGCAAAUUGUGUCAAAGAUGAUUCAGAAUAUAUUUGCAACUCAACCAGCUUACUUUGAAGAUUUAGAUAAUACUUCAAAAAUUGCUCUUGAGGCUUUUAAUACCAUUGAAGAAACAUUGUCAAAAAACCUUCAAGAAAUGCAUGGCACAUCAUCAGAGUAUUGUGUAAAUGGUGUUACUAUAAAAAUGGAAUUUUCAUUGUCAUCAUUUCAGGAUGUUAAUAAUUACAUAACAGAUAUAAGUGCUACCCUUCAUGCCUUUUUGGAAGUUUUUCCCUCUGCUUGCCAAACAUUCAAUCAAAAUGGAGCUCCUCUAAGGCUAACUACAUUUUAUGAAUUAGCUUUUCCUGCAAUUGAAAGGGAAAUUGCUAGAAGAAGUAAACUAAAAGAAAAUAAAGGUAUAUUGCAAGAAAUAAAAAGGAAAGUUAGUCUAUCAAAAACAUUAUUAAUGAAAGUAUUUAGGAAUAUUUUAAACACCUGCUGUAUACAAAACAUUUUUUCUGAAAGUUCAAAAGGGAAUCAAAAAUCUGGAUAUUCAUCUUCCGAACGAUUUUUAGAAAUCUUUACCGAAAUAACUUCUAAUAAAAUCUUCUUGAAUGAUUAUAACUUCUUAUAUCCCUUUGAAGCAGACAUCGAGCUUUUUCAUGAAGUUGGUUUAAAUCUAGACCAACAAAGAUUAAGUUAUAUUUUUUGUAGUAUUCAUGAUUCUGAGGAGAAUAUGCCCCAAACUUUUGUGUCUUCUGCCAUAAAUGGUGCUCUUCCUAAGACAAAGACAGUAAAUAGUUCUCAGAAAGAUACUCUGAGUUUAUAUGCUGCUGCAGAUAUUUUAAGAGGAGACAAAUGCACUAAAAAAAAUGUAUGCAAUGGAAUAUCAAAUUCUGAAGCAAAUGGCCUAACCGAUAUUGAAAUUAAUUCUCUGAUUGAAUCAGUGAGAGAAAUUUUACAUAACUUUGAUAAAGAUCUUAUUAAGAAAUGUUUGGAAUACUUCAAUUAUGAUCCUGACAAAGUGAUUGAUGCAUAUGUUACUGACACUUUGCCAGAUCAUCUAAAAAGUGAAGAAGAAACUUUUGAAAAGGAAAUUAAUGGUGCUGAAGCAAAUUCAUUCCAUUCUAUUCUGCAUGAAAGAAAGUGUGUUUAUGAUAAUGAUGAAUUUGAUGUUAUGCGAAGAACUGAUAUAAAUCUAGAAAAUGUGCAUAUAGGGAAAAAAAAUAAAACUCCAUCUAAAUAUGAAGCUUUGACUAAGGAUAAAGAAUUUGAAUUUAUAAAGCGAUAUACCCUUGCUUGUGGUUCUGAAGAAACAGAAUAUUUGGAUGAGCCAAAUUUAUAUGAAGAUGAGUAUGAUGAUACUUAUGAUUCAGCUAUGGUUGGCUUGAAAGAACCAAUUCCAGAAGGUGUACCUGAUAUUGACUUAUCUGAAGACAAAAAGGGUGAAGAAGACUCAUCUGGACUUUCACGAGAUACUUCGAGGGAUUUUUGUGAAAAUCCCGAAGUUUUACGAGAAAGAGCUCAGCAAAGAUGGCAAUCUAAAAUGGCUGCAAGAGGUGCAAGAAGAGGUGGUGGAGAAUCAUCUGAUCCAAAUCGGAAUAGGCAAAACAAAGAUCGUCAUAAAGCUAAUGUUGCAAAUCAUAAUCGGCGGAAACAGGCUGAUUUUAAGAAAUCAAGAGGGAUGAUUCAUCCAAACUAAAAGUGUGUUGAAUUGUAGGUAUGAAGAUGUCAGAGAUUUCUUCCCAGACGUGAUCUUCUUACUUAUUUCUAUACUGCUGUGAUUAUUGGAUUAUAAACCGUUGUAACUUAUUUUCAGUUUUUAAAAUAUCAGUGAAACAGAGCUUUUCCUUGUGAAGCAUUUAUAUUUUUAUAAAUGUAUCAAUUGUAAAUUAUUGUAUUUAAAAGUUUAUAACAAGCUAAAUAAAACACUAUUGAACUAA